AUUUUUUUUUUCUUUACUUCUCUUUCUAUCUCCUUAUAUAUAUUAUCAAAGAUCAUGUCUUUAGAAACAGAUCAAAUACAAUUAUCUAUUCAAUUGCAACCUGAAUUUGGCUGGGCCAUCAAGGAUGAACCUGUUUUCGGUCCUGGAUCUGUUAUUCAAGGCAAAGUUCAAAUGGAAAUCAAGGAUCCGUCGCUAUUAUCCAAAGCUGAUCGAUUACGUGUAGUGUUCCAUGGAUCAGAGAGAAGUAGAAACCGUGAUACACUUUCUACACAGCGUCGCGUACAGUUCUUUGGAGUACAACGUACCCUUUGGGAAAUAAAAGAUUUCGAUUUGGCCAUUGGACAAAAGUAUGCGUUUCCAUUCACUCUUCAGUUACCAAUGAUUCAAUUUCCUCCUUCUAUACGUGAUGACAUUUAUGUAUGUUAUUUCAUGUUGACUGUUUAUUUGGAUCAAGCUCCUCAUGAUGAUGACGGUGAUAUAUUGUUGGCUACCAUUGGAAAGGAAGUUACAUUAAUGCCUUUUCUUGAAACAUGUCUCUUUAAAACACCAUUGGUACAACACAUCGCCUGCAACAACGGAGAUAAUGUCAUUGUUUCAACUCAUGCAUUGGAUUAUGUAGCAAACGAUACGAUCUUGAUCGAUGUAACGGUUCCUACUCAUCUAGUGUACUCAGCAAUCCAUAUGGAAUUACAUCAAACAAUUAGAAGUAUGGAUCAGACGACUCGACGUGUCAUCUGUUCUUUAAAACAACAACAAGAACAACAAUCAUCAUCUACCGCAGCCAUCAUCAACAAUACUCGGAUUCAACUCGCACUGCCUAUACCUUGUGACACCAUUCCCUCAUUUACUUAUAGCGAUAUGGCGUCAAUCAACUAUAAAUUGAUCAUCCGAUUCCACGGGAAAAAGACAAUAUUGUCCAGCUUAUUACCAUCCUCCAAUACCAAAGAUAACCUUCAUUUGGAAUUACCCAUCAAGAUUGGCACACUUGGAUAUGGAAUCCGAGCUUCCGAAGAACUUCAAGUAUAUGCUACCUAUCGUACCCCUUUUGAUGAUUCAAGUGAUACAAGACCUUGCCUUCCAUUACCAACGUUUAUGCGCAAUGUGGAAUAUGAAGAAUCUCUACCAGUAUAUGAAGACACAAGAUUACCCUCAUAUGAUUCCCUUUAUAUCUAUGAUGACAAUGGUGGUACCUCGGUCUUCUAAUAGAAAAAAAAAAAAAAAGAUGGAUUUAACCCUUUUAGAAUG